AUGUCGCGCUACGAAGAACGUGGCCGCUCUCGCCACGAGCGGGACUACUCGCCAGACUAUACCUACGCUGGGGGCAGCGCAGGCGCCUACCGGGUCCCCAGCCCCGGACACACGACCUACUACCCAACACCGAGCUCACAUGCUCGGCUGGAAUAUGAGCCACAGACGCCGCUCUACCCUCCACCCCCAAAUCACAAUAGCCUCCAAGUCCCAGACUCCCGCGCGAGGCCACGCUCGUUGCCGCCUCCGGCGGAGUGGCGUGGGGGCCGCUCGAGAGGAGACAAGAGCCGGGACGACAUCUCACGCGACCGCUCGCCCAUCGCCCGGGCCCGGGACGCCCUCGGGAACACCUUCUCCGAUAGUAACACGGGUCUAGGGGUCGGGAUCCUGGGCGCACUGGUCGGCGGGCUCGCCGCCCAUGAGGCGGCCGAGGCGACGUCACGGCACGGCAGCGGCAGCCACCACAGCAGCCACCACCACAGCGAGACGCAGCGGCGCAACCAGCUGCUGAGCACGGUGGUGGGCGCGGCCGUGGGCGGGCUCGGCGCCAACGCCGUCGAGAAGCGGCUGGAGAUGAACCGCGAGCGCGACAAGGUCAAGCAGCAGAAGUGGGAGGAGAAGUGGGGCAAAGGCCCCGGCGGCAACCCGGCCGCCGACUACGUCGAGAAGCGCGAGGUCGUCAUGCGCCCGCGGAGCAGCCGGCGGGACCGCGAUUCUGGCGGCUGGGACGUCGAACCGGACUCCCCGCGCCGGUCGCGCGGCCGGGGCCUCGAGCGCGAGGUCGACCCCGAUGCGCGCAGCUGGAAGGACGUGGAGGACUGGGUGUAUGACGACCGCGAUCGGGACCGGGACCGGGACCGGGAUAGACACAGGGGUCGGAGGAGCGACGAUGGGGGGUAUCGAUACUAG